GGAGCCGAGCGGGGUGUGGGGCAGGUGCCCCCCAGCCCCCCGCCAUGGCCGUGGGCACCCAGCUGGGGCUGCUGCUCUGGAAGAACUUCACCUACCGCCGGCGGCAGCGGAUCCAGCUGGCCAUCGAGAUCCUCUGGCCCCUCUUCCUCUUCUUCAUCUUGAUCUCGGUGCGACAGUCCCACCCGCCCUUCCAGCAGCACGAGUGUCACUUCCCCAACAAGGCGCUGCCCUCGGCGGGGACCCUGCCCUGGCUCCAGGGCAUCAUCUGCAACAUGAACAACCCCUGCUUUCGGCCCCCCACGGCGGGAGAGGCCCCCGGCGUGGUGGGCAACUUCGAGGGCUCCAUCCUCUCCCGCCUCCUGAGCGAAGCCCGGCAGGUCCUGCUCCGCACCGACGGGCAGCGGCUCCUGCGCAGCUUCUCACGACUCCUGCCGGUCCUGCGCAGGCUCCAGGGGAACGGGGCUCAGCAGAGGGAGCUGGGGGGCUUCCUGGUGGGGGGCAGCCAGCGCCUGCAGCGAGAGCUCUGUGCCCUGCCCACCCCCCAGCUCCGCGCCAUGGAGGGCUCCUUCCUCUCCCAGCUCGACCUCCCCCGGCUCCUGGUGCACCCCGAGCUCCCGCCGCAGCUCGGCUCAGGUGCCUUUGGGACCUUGUCACGCAUCGCCUGUGGGCACCCCGAGGGUGGGGGGCUCAGGAUCCCCUCCCUCAACUGGUACGAGGACAACGACGUCAAAGCCUUCCUGGACCGCAACAGCUCGGAGCGGAGAACCAAGACCCCGGGCAACAGCAGUAGUCCCUUCUGCCGAGAGCUGGUGCGUAGCUUGGAGUCCAGCCCCUUCUCCCAGAUCUUCUGGAAGGGGAUCAAGCCCCUCUUCAUGGGGAAGAUCCUCUACACGCCGCCCGGCCCCGGCCCUGACAGCAUCAUGGCUGAGGUGAACCGGACCUUCCGGGAGCUGGCGGUGCUGGGGGAGAUGGGGGGCGCCUGGCGGGAGCUGGGACCCCGCAUCUACACCUUCCUCAACAGCAGCCUGGAGAUGCAGGUCCUCCGGGACCUGCUGCUGGCCCCGGGGACAGCCCAGCUCCUGGAUGGGUUCCUCAACGGCACCUCCUGGAAGCUGCCGGCGCUGGUUGGGUUCCUGGGGGGGCCGGCGGAGGGGCCAGGCCCCACCUGGCAGGAGGUGUACGCUGAUGCUGACGUGGUCCUGAGCACGCUGUCCCAGUUCAUGGAGUGUGUCUGCCUGGACAAGAUCGAGGCGGUGGCCACCGAGGAGCAGCUGGUGGCCCGGGCCCUGGAGCUGCUGGAGGAGCAGCAGUUCUGGGCAGCUGUGGUCUUCCAGCCCCCCAUCAACGCCACGGCCCCCGCGCUGCCCCCCCACGUCCGCUACAAGAUCCGUAUGGAUAUUGAUGAUGUCACCAGGACCAACAAGAUCAAGGACAGGUUUUGGGACCCAGGCCCCGCAGCUGACCCCUUCAGUGACCUGCGCUACGUGUGGGGGGGCUUCGUCUACGUGCAGGACCUGGUGGAGCAGGCGGUGGUGCGGGUGCAGACGGGGGCUGCCCCACGGACAGGGGUCUAUGUCCAGCAGAUGCCCUACCCCUGCUAUGUGGAUGAUGUGUUCCUGCGGGUGCUGAACCGCUCUCUGCCCCUCUUCAUGACACUGGCCUGGAUCUACUCGGUGGCCAUGAUCAUCAAGGGGGUGGUGCACGAGAAGGAGACCCGUCUCAAGGAGACUAUGAAGACCAUGGGGCUGAGCAGUGGGAUCCUCUGGCUCAGCUGGUUCCUCAGCAGCUUCAUCCCCUUCCUCCUCAGCUCUGCCCUCCUCGUCCUCAUCCUUAAGCUGGGAAACAUCCUGCCCUACAGCGACCCGGCCGUCAUCUUCCUCUUCCUCGGCACCUUCUCGGUGGCCACCAUCAGCCAGUGCUUCCUCAUCAGCACCUUCUUUCCCCGUGCCAACCUGGCCUCGGCUUGUGGUGGCAUCAUCUACUUCUCCCUCUACCUGCCCUACGUGCUGUGCGUCGCCUGGCGCGACCACAUCACCUUCCCGCUCCGCGUCCUCGUGAGCUUGCUGUCACCGGUGGCCUUCGGCUUCGGCUGCGAGUACUUCUCCCUCUACGAGGAGCAGGGGGUGGGCAUCCAGUGGCACAACUUGGCCACCAGCCCCGUGCCGGGAGACCCCUACAACUUCGCCACGGCCAUGGGGCUGCUGCUGCUGGACGCUGGGCUCUACGGCCUGGCCACCUGGUACCUGGAGGGUGUCUUCCCAGGUCAGUACGGGAUCCCCAAGCCCUGGAAUUUCCCUUUCCUGAAGAGCUACUGGCUUGGAGAGCCAUCUUCAGCCGGGCACCCUCCCUACCCCACCAGCCCCCUCUCUGCACCCCAAGUGCUGGUGGAGGAGCCGCCUGCCCAGCUCCAGCCUGGUGUCUCCAUCCGCAACCUGGUGAAGAUUUACCGCAGCAGCAGCCGCGUGGCCGUCAACGGGCUGAGCCUGGACUUCUACGAGGGGCAGAUCACCUCCUUCCUGGGCCACAACGGGGCCGGCAAGACCACCACCAUGUCCAUCCUGACCGGUCUUCUGCCCCCCACCGCCGGCACUGCCUAUAUCCUGGGCUGGGACAUCCGCUCCGACAUCGACAGCAUCCGCAAAACCAUGGGGACGUGUCCCCAGCACAACGUGCUCUUUGACAUCCUGACGGUGGAGGAGCACGUCUGGUUCUACGGGCGGCUGAAGGGGCUGUCGGAGGAGCAGGUGAAGGCAGAGAUGGAGCAGCUGAUCCAGGACACGGGGCUGCCCCACAAGCGCCGGGAGCAGACCAGGAACCUCUCGGGAGGGAUGCAGAGGAAGCUCUCGGUGGCCAUCGCCUUCGUGGGUGGCUCUCGGGUGGUCAUCCUGGACGAGCCCACGGCCGGUGUUGACCCCUACUCCCGCCGCAGCAUCUGGGAGCUGCUGCUCAAGUACCGCAAAGGCCGCACCAUCAUCCUGUCCACCCACUACAUGGACGAGGCGGAGCUGCUGGGGGACCGCACGGCCAUCAUCUCGCAGGGCCGGCUCUGCUGCUGCGGGUCCCCGCUCUUCCUCAAGGCCAGGCUGGGCACCGGGUACCACCUCACCCUGGUGAAGCGGGAGCCGGUCGGGACGGGCGGCAGCACCGGCACCGUCCCCAGCACCACCAAAAAGGACAGCAGCGACUCGGAGCAGAGCAGUGACACGGGGCUGGGCAGCGAGCGGGGCAGCGAGGCCAGCGCCGUGGAUGUGACCCAGCUCUCAGCGCUGAUCCAGAAGCUGGUCCCCGGCUCCCGGCUGGUGGAGGACAUUGGGCACGAGGUGCUCUUCGUCCUGCCCUACAGCGGGGCCAAGGAUGGGGCCUUCCGGUGUCACCCCCCGGAUGUGACCCAGCUCUCAGCGCUGAUCCAGAAGCUGGUCCCCGGCUCCCGGCUGGUGGAGGACAUCGGGCACGAGGUGCUCUUCGUCCUGCCCUACAGCGGGGCCAAGGAUGGGGCCUUCGGGGACCUCUUCCGUGAGCUGGACACCCGCCUGGGGGAGCUGGGCAUCUCCAGCUACGGCAUCUCCGACACCACCCUGGAAGAGAUCUUUCUGAAGGUGGCCCAGGACACGGGGCUGGAUGCUGACAUGGCAGGCACCAGGAGCGGAGCAGCCCCUGGCGAGGGGGGGGAUGCAGAAGCAGCCGACGGGGAGCUGGCCAAAGGAGCCCGGCGAGCAGAGGAGUCCCGGGAGACCGACCUGCUGCGGGGGGGCGCCGGGCAGGCCUGUCGCAGGGUGAGGGGCUGGGCGCUCACCCGCCAGCAGCUCCGCGCGCUCUUCAUCAAGAGGAUGCUCCACGCCCGACGCAGCACCCGCGGCUUCUUCGCACAGAUCGUCCUGCCCGCCGUCUUCGUCUGCAUCGCGCUGCUCUUCAGCCUCAUCGUGCCGCCCUUCGGGAAGUACCCACCGCUGCGCCUCCGGCCCUGGAUGUACGGGCAGCAGUUCACCUUCUUCAGCAACGACGCCCCGGGGGACCCCGACACGGCUCAGCUGCUGGCCACGCUCCUGGCCGAGCCAGGCUUUGGCACCGAGUGCAUGAAGGAUGCCGGGGAGGAGACGGGGCCGUGCCCCCCAGCUUCCCACCCCGACGGCUUCUUGGCCCCCCCGGCCCCCCCAGCCCUGCUGGAAGUGCUGCAGCGUGGGAACUGGACGCAGGCGGAGCCGUCCCCCCCGUGCCGGUGCAGCGGGCCGGGGGCUCGCAGGAUGCUGCCUGACUGCCCCGAGGGGGCCGGGGGGCUCCCACCGCCCCAGGUGCAAAGGGGCACAGGCGAUAUCCUGCAGAACCUGACGGGCAGGAACAUCUCGGACUACCUGGUGAAGACCUACCCCCAGAUCAUCCGCCAGGAGCUGAGGAACAAGAAGUGGGUGAACGAGCAGAGGUACGGUGGCUUUUCCCUGGGCGCUGGUGGCUCCCAGGCCCUGCCGUCGGCGUUGGAGGUGGAGGAGGCGGUGCUGGAGCUCCGGGCGCUCUUCAACAUCACCCAGGGCAGCCCCUCGGACCGGCUCCUGCGCAACCUCAGCCGCUUCAUCGAGGGCCUGGACGCCCGCAGGAACAUCAAGGUCUGGUUCAACAACAAGGGCUGGCACGCCAUGGUCUCCUUCGUCAACGUGGCCAGCAACGGGCUGCUGCGUGCCUGGCUGCCCGCCGGGACCGACCCCGCGCUCUACGGCAUCACGGCCACCAACCACCCCCUCAACCUCACCAAGGAGCAGCUCUCGGAGGCCGCCCUGAUGGCCACCUCGGUGGACGUGCUGGUCUCCAUCUGCGUGAUCUUCGCCAUGUCCUUCGUCCCAGCCAGCUUCGUGCUCUUCCUCAUCGAGGAGCGGGUCAGCAAGGCCAAGCACCUGCAGUUCGUCAGCGGGAUGAAGCCUGUCACCUACUGGCUGGGCAACUUCGCCUGGGACAUGUGCAACUACCUGGUCCCUGCGCUGCUGGUCGUCCUCAUCUUCCUCUGCUUCCAGCAGAAGUCCUACGUGUCCUCUGCCAACCUGCCCUCCCUGGUGCUGCUGCUGCUGCUCUACGGGUGGUCCAUCACCCCCCUGAUGUACCCAGCCUCCUUCCUCUUCAGCAUCCCCAGCACCGCCUACGUGGCCCUCACCUGCAUCAACCUCUUCAUCGGCAUCAACGGCAGCGUGGCCACCUUCGUGCUGGAGCUCUUUGUGGACAAGAAACUCAACGACAUCAACCGCGUCCUGAAGAAAGUUUUCCUCAUCUUCCCCCACUUCUGUCUGGGCCGAGGCCUCAUCGACAUGGUGAAGAACCAGGCGAUGGCUGAUGCCUUUGAGAGGUUCGGGGACAAGCGCUUCGUGUCCCCACUCUCCUGGGAUCUGGUGGGGAAGAACAUGUUCGCCAUGGCCAUCGAGGGUGUCAUCUUCUUCCUCUUCACCCUCCUGCUGCAAUACCGCUUCUUCCUGCGCCUGGGGCCACAGGCUCUGCAGCUGCCCUCGCUGGGGGAGGAGGACCAGGACGUGGCCCGGGAGCGGGUGAGGGUGGCCAGCACCCCGCCACACGGCCACCUCCUGCUGCUGAAGGACCUGACCAAGGUCUAUCGGCGCAGGAGGGCUCCGGCUGUGGACCGGCUCUGCGUGGCUGUCCCCCCCGGGGAGUGCUUCGGCCUCCUGGGGGUGAACGGCGCGGGGAAGACCUCCACCUUCAAGAUGCUGACGGGGGACACGGAGGUGACGCUGGGGGAGGCCUGGCUGAAAGGGCACAGCGUGCUCACCGACCUGCAGUCCGUCCACCAGCACAUGGGCUACUGCCCCCAGUUCGACGCCAUCACGGACCUGCUGACGGGACGGGAGCACCUGGAGUUCUACAGCCGCCUGCGCGGUGUCCCAGAGGAGGAGACCCCCAGGGUGGCCCAGUGGGGCAUCACCAAGCUGGGGCUGGAGCCGCACGCGGACCGGCCGGCGGGCAAGUACAGCGGGGGCAACAAGCGCAAGCUCUCCACGGCCAUAGCCCUCCUCGGCUCCCCCCCCGUCGUCUUCCUGGAUGAGCCCACGACGGGGAUGGACCCGCGAGCCCGGCGGUUCCUGUGGGACUGCAUCCUCAGCGUCAUCCGGGAGGGCAGGUCCGUGGUGCUCACGUCCCACAGCAUGGAGGAGUGCGAGGCGCUGUGCACCAGGAUGGCCAUCAUGGUCAACGGCCGGUUCCGCUGCCUGGGCAGCGUCCAGCACCUCAAGAACAGGUUUGGGGACGGCUACACGGUGGUGGUGCGGGUUGGUGGCCCCGGGCCGGGGCCGGUGGAGAGCCUGAUGCUGCAGCAGUUCCCCGGCAUCGUGCUGAAGGAGCGGCACGGGGGGCUGCUGCAGUUCCAGCUCCCCUCCCGCGCCGCCUCCUUGGCCAGCGUCUUCAGUGUCCUGGCAGCCCACCGCGGGCCCUGCCACAUCGAGGACUACUCCGUGUCCCAGACCACCCUCGACCAGGUCUUUGUGCACUUCGCCAAGGAGCAGAGCGACGAGGACCCCGAGGGGGCUGCGGCCCCAGAGCAGGAUGUGGCCCCCAGCCCCGGGAGGAGGCUGACACCGUUCCUGGAGGAUGACAGCUACCAGGAGAGCACUGUCUGAGUGGGGGCACAGUGCCCCACGGACCCCUUCCCAGCUGUCACCACAGCACAACCUGGAGUCCUGGGGCUUCUGGCCACCCCGGACCCCCAGAGCUGCACAGGGGGGCCUGGACGCAUCCUGCUGCUGUCAUUCCCCAGGAUGCUCCGGGUGCUGGGGAGGGCGAGAGCACCAGGGCUGGCCCCAGCUCCCCCUCGGCGGGUUGUACCCUCCGGGGGGCUGAGUUGGAUGUGGGGGGCUGCCCUAGGGAUUGUGGGGGGCUGGGGCUGGCCCCGGGACCCCGACUGCACAGAGCAGAGU